AUGCAUCUCGAAGUACUCUUGAAUCCAAAGCAGAACCUUCCCAACCAGGGUGUGUUAGACAUUGUUGGAGUGGAGAAAAUACGCAAAGACACUAAGUAUGUAUUGUUUUUAGAUGAUGAUGUUAGGCUUCACCCUGGGACAAUUGGAGCCCUCACUGCUGAGAUGGAGAAAAAUCCUGAGAUAUUUAUUCAAACUGGAUAUCCACUUGAUGUACCUUCAGGGAGUUUAGGGAGUUAUUGCAUUUAUGAAUAUCAUAUGCCUUGUUCAAUGGGUUUUGCAGCUGGUGGGAGGACAUUCUUUCUAUGGGGAGGUUGCAUGAUGAUGCAUGCUGAUGAUUUUAGACAUGACUAUUGUGGUGUGGUGUCGAGUCUUAAAGAUGGUGGUUACUCAGACGAUAUGACUCUUGCGGCCAUAGCUGGGGCUCAUAAGAGGCUUAUUACAUCACCCCCAGUAGCUGUUUUUCCUCACCCCCUUGCACGUGAUCUUAGUUUCUCAAGGUAUUGGAAUUACUUGAGAAAGCAAACAUUUGUACUGGAAUCAUAUGCAACAAAGGUUAAUUGGGUUAUGAACUGUGCAUUGUUUACAUCCCAUUGCUACCUGUCAUGGGGCUUUGUGGCGCCAUAUGUAAUGGGCAUGAUCCAUAUAACAGCUGCACUACGAAUCUUUAUUAAAGGGUAUACAGUUGAGGAAACUAUGAUUACUUCUGGUGGUGAGCACCCUUCUUUUCUUUUUUAGGUAGGUUGAUAGUGUUCACAGGAUUAAGGUGCAGGCCAGCUUGUGCUUUUUUAUUUAUCUUCCCGGUCAAAUAUUGGAUUAUCUCU